AUGGAUGUCGAGGCACUUAUCCAGCAGCUCACUCUAGAGGAAAAGGUCCAGCUGACGGCCGGUGUCGGUUGGUGGCAUACAACAGCUAUUGAACGGCUGUCAAUUCCGCCCAUUCGCCUAUCCGAUGGCCCCAAUGGCGUCAGGGGCACCCAUUUCUUUGACAGCACCCCGUCUUCUUGCCUCCCUUGUGGUACAGCACUAGGCGCAACUUGGAACACUGACUUGAUCUAUCGACUCGGUCAACUACUCUCCGAUGAAGCCCACGCCAAAGGCGCCCACGUUCUUCUUGGGCCUACAGUCAACAUCCAACGGGGACCAUUGGGCGGUAGAGGCUUCGAGUCGUUCUCAGAGGACCCAGUUCUCUCGGGAAUACUUGCAGGUCAUUAUGUGCGCGGUGUGCAAAAAGAUGGUGUUUCUGCCACGAUGAAGCACUUUGCAUGCAACGAUAUGGAGAGUGCUCGAAUGGCUGUCAAUGUCCAGGUUACGGAAAGGGCAUUACGAGAGGUGUACUUGCUUCCUUUUAUGAUUGCUGUAGAAAUGGCAAACCCAAGAGUUUUCAUGACAGCCUACAGCAAAAUCAACGGAACACACUGCCCUGAUAAUCACCAUUUGCUUCAAAAUAUCCUACGCGAUGAAUGGAAAUGGGAUGGCCUGGUCGUCAGUGACUGGUUCGGCACCUACAGCACAUCUGAAGCGAUCAACGCAGGACAAGAUCUAGAAAUGCCGGGUCCCACUAGAUGGCGUGGCGAGAACCUGGUGCAUGCAGUCACAUCCAACAAGGUCAAGCGAUCAAAGUUGGACGAACGUGUAAGGAAUGUCUUGAAGUUGGUCAAGCAUUCUAUCGAGAAUACCAAUAUUCCACCAAAUGCACCCGAGACUCAGCUCCAAAAUGAGAAAAACACUCGUUUACUUCGCGAAGCUGCCGCAGAGUCAGUGGUUCUACUCAAGAAUGAUAAGAAUAUUCUGCCCUUGGACCCUUUGAAGCGAGUCGCAGUCAUUGGUCCCAAUGCCGAUGUCAGCACAUAUUGUGGCGGUGGAAGUGCCAGUCUCCGAGCUUACAACACCGUUUCACCACUCGAUGGCAUCAAGGGAAUUAGCAAAGACGUUUCUUUUGCAAAGGGGUUGUACGGCCAUCGAUCAUUGCCUCAGCUAGGCAAGGCCCUGCGAACGGUGGACGGAAAGCACCAAGGAUUCACUUUACGCAUUUACAAUGAGCCGCCUCCAUUGUCAGAUCUGGAUACUCGCAAAGUUCUCGAGACAAGAAUUCUAGACGACGCCAACGUGUGGUUCGUUGAUUACGUGCAUCCAGACCUAGCUGAGAUCUGGUAUGCCGAGAUAGAAGGCGUUAUGGUUCCAAAGCAGUCUGGAGAAUGGGACUUUGGUCUUUGUGUCCACGGCACCGGCGAACUCUUCAUCGACGGUCAGUUGGUUGUGUCAAACGUCAAGGACCAGAAGCCUGGAAGUUCAUUCCUGGGCUGCGGCACAAUUGAGAAGACGGGUUCCAAGGUACUCGAGAGUGGCAAGCCUUACAGCGUCGUUGUGCGCUGGGGUUGCGACAAGACCUCUGAUCUCAAAGUCUCUGGUGUCGUCGAUUUCGGACAGGGAGGUAUGCGCCUCGGAGGCUGCCCCAGACUAGAGCCGCGUACAGCAGUUCAAGAGGCUGUCGAACUAGCCAGGUCGGUCGAUCAAGUUGUUUUAUGCGUCGGAACAAGCGGAGAAUGGGAGAGCGAGGGUCAAGACAGGCCCAAUAUGUCGCUGCCUCCCGGAAGUGAUGACCUGAUCGCCGCUGUUCUCGAAGCAAAUCCCAACACUGUAAUCCUGGUUCAGAGCGGUACCCCCAUCUCAAUGCCGUGGGUCGAUCAAGCUAGCACUGUUGUGCAGGCCUGGUUUGGUGGCAACGAGGCAGGCAACGGAAUUGCCGACGUCCUGUUUGGCGUCGUUAACCCUGCCGGUAAACUCCCAAUCACAAUGCCUCGUCGUGUGUCAGACAACCCCAGUGCCCUUAGCUUCAGGUCUGAAGGAGGUAGAGUGCUCUACAGCGAAGAUGUGCAUGUCGGCUAUCGCUGGUAUGACACUUUAGACAUUGAGUCCAUGUUUCCUUUCGGACAUGGACUGUCUUACACGAGCUUUGAACUCUCUAACCUAAGUAUCGAAGAAUCUUCGGCCUCUGAGAGUAAGAAGCUCAUUGUGGGCGUUGACGUGAACAAUACUGGUUCGCGUGCCGGCGCUGCUGUCGUACAGGCUUACGUCAAGCCUCCCCACGCGACAUCACUCACAGCCUGUCCCCUUGAUACUAUCACAAGAUCAAGCAAGGAACUUAAGGGCUUCGCUAAGAUUCACCUUGAGGCGGGUGCAAAUGGUACUGCAAAGAUGGAGCUAGAUGUGCUCCGUGCGACAAGCUAUUGGAGCGAGACGGAGGAUUGUUGGUGCAGCGAUGCUGGAGAGUAUUCAAUUUUGGUGGGAACGAGUAUUUUGACAUUCCUACGAGACCUCGAGGACCUAAACGGAGAAGGUGACUUCCCCAGAAUAAACCAUGUCCAUCAAGUCAAUAAUGGUGGUGGUCUUUCUUGUGCUGACAAUGGCUCUAGGACACAACAGCCAGCGGCGAUUUCUCCCGAAUUCCACGUCUAUAGUCCCAGCCAGUAUCAAGCCGGAGAGAUCCAUUCGGAUCAGGAACAUGUUUCGACACCAUCAAACAGUACUCAUAUGAGACUAGAAUGCACAUCGCCCCCCAGCGAAACAUCAAGAACAUGCCCAUCCGUCCCCCUCCCGGCCCUGCUCAUCAACCAAGAUGAGUCAGAAAACAUCGAAUAUUUCGAACACCAGUUCCAAACUGACGAGUUAUGUCCCCGGGCUCUAUUUUUGUCCAUUAUGGCGGACUUCAUCGACCACAUAUACCCGCUGGUUCCUGUGGUCCAUCUACCAACGUUCCGCGCUGAUUUGGCCACGAAUCGAGAUAUACGCGACCUCGACUUCCUAUUACUCAUUGUUUCGCUAGCAACUCUGACUGUGGGACUGUUGCCUUCUAAGUUCGACAGUUAUCAAGCUCUCGCUUCCCGCUUUGGUACACGUACAGCGAUGAUCAACCACUGCGCACAAAUGUGCCUGCGUCUUCGCCCGGCAGACUACUGGGACCAUAUCAGCCAUCGGAAAUGGGCUGUGGCAUAUUGCCUUGCCGUAGGGGCCUUUCAAACGGGCCAGAUGAAUCAAAGUCGGAUGUUUGACGCUGAGUCGAUGCAAAUCGCUCGACUUCUUGGGAUGCAUCUCAUCUCGGAGUAUGAUGGGCUUAAUCCCAUCGAGACUCAGCUCAGAAAGAAGUCUUUCUGGCUACAGCUUUACACGUUUGCACAUUCUAAAAUCCAGCCCGGACGAAGCAACCACCUGACUUAUCUCGAUAACUAUGUCCUACGAGACAUAGACUUCGCUGCACUAGAGCCGCUCAAUAUUCUAGAUGAGAACAUCCUAGAGACCGGUAUUGUCGGCCAAGUGCCCUCAACUCCACCCGUCGGAUUACCAAAUAAUACAGAAUCUGAUGACGACGCACCAUUCAACACCACGACCGUCUUUAUAAUGGCCUCUCGGGCAUUUCUCCUCGGAAUGAGAGAGUCUAUGUAUAAUGAUGGCUGCAACUGUGGUUUCGGCAGAUCCCCAGAGGAGCGUCUACCAAGACUCAAAGACUUGCUAAACCAGUUGCGAUAUAAUCUAGAUGGGCUACCUACAUACAUGCGCCAAUGGGGUCCAGGCGAUAACUAUCACUCGUUCAAUAGCAGCGAUGCUCACCAGAGUGCUUUUACCGAAUCUCAUAUCACCCACUCCCAGAACGAAAUCACAAGAGCAAACUUACAUGUUACCCACCUGUGGCUUCAGAAUUUUCUCCUCGACAAGAUGGAUGUGGUACUGCAGGAAAUAAACGACAGAGGACAGCCUGCAGAGAAUGAUAUGGAUAUCAUAGGUCAGCUUAAGCAAAAUUGGAGGGAGCGUGAAGACGUCGCCCGUCAAUUGCUACAUAUUCUACACAGCAUCCCUCAUGCAUGUCUCGAGCCAAACGGGCUUUAUCUUGUUAGUAUCAAAGUAGGCACGAUCCACUUGCCUUUGCUAAAAUCUACAUGA